AUGGCGACAGCAGACCCAAAUUCUCGCCGGAAGGUGGUCCGUUUUGAUCUGUCAGAGGACCUCGAAAUGGAUCGUCUUACCUUCAGCAGGCAGCUCCUUCAAAAACAACUGGAAGUGUCCACCCAUCAGUUGGACUUUAUCUUUGCGUUUCCUGGAAGGAAGCGUUUUGAGGUGGUUUUUACAACAUCCAAACACCUUGAGACAUGUCUUCAAGUCUUCUACAGAAAGAGGACGAACAGCCCAUUUCUGCAAAAAGUAACGGUCACACCCUUUAUGGAAGUGGAAAGGAAAAUUGUCCACAUUGUCAUCUGGUCCGAACGAGUCAGAGUGGAGGAUGUCAAGACUUGGGCCUCCUUCUACUGUAACGUCCUUCAAGCUACAGAGGUGGUCGACAUCGACGGAGUAAAAACUGGCACAAAGCGACUAGAAGUGAAGCUGAAACGGGAAAACGGUGAAAUAAAGCACCUGCCCAAUUCGAUCCAGCUGGGGGCCUACCGCGGAGCAGUAUACUACGCAGGCCAGCCCAAACGCUGCCGACGGUGCGGGAGCUUGGAACACUUUGCUGCAGAGUGUCAAGUAACACAUUGCAGGAAAUGUAAUGCAACAGAUCAUGCUACAAACCAGUGUCUAGCACCCACGAAGUGUAACUUGUGUGCAGCAGACACACACCUGUUUAAAGACUGUCCCAAAGCCUAUUCCAACCGGUUGAAAGGACAAGUCACCCCAGCGUUUCCAUACCCAGAGAAUUUUGAUUGGAGCGAUGAACAGGGGGAAGAUACCCAGAGCCCAGUUGCCGACACAGUGGAGAUUCCGGAUCCGGGAGAAAAGGAGAGGGAACUCAAAGCCGACACCCCUGCACCAUCUGCGACCCCCCCGGAGGUCCGUCUGCUGCAACAAAAGACUCUGGGAGCCGAGAAGAUCCUCGACGGAAUCCUGGCACAACUCCCUGCCCAGCCACCUGCCAGGGCCCCGGACGACGGAGCACCAGGCGCGGAGGAGACCAGAGAUCAAGUGGGCCAGCAUACUUCCUCAAGUGACCAAGACCUCACCCUUUCUCCAGACCACCAGAGAAUCCCAGAAGCCAGCUCCCCAGUAAAAGAACCACUGUCAUCCCUCGGAGACUUGUUCCUCCCACUCCCCGACAGUCUGGGGGGACGACAGACAUCGCUGAAGCGCCCCCAGGAGUCAUCAAGCGAGGAUUCGGGACAUCUGGACAAGCCCCAAAAGGUAUGGCCAGCCCCCUCCACUCCAUUCCUUGACCCAGACCACCUAAACCACUUCUCCACAAUUACCCAAAUGCGGGACCCAGAAGGGGACCCUUUGGAGACCAAAAAGAAGAAAAAGAAAAAGAGGACCAGUAAAUGA